GGCGCGGAGGCGGCCGCGGUCUGAGGUACCAGCUCCCGGCUCCAGCUCCCGGGUCGCAGCUGGGCGGCGCGGCCCGGGCUGCAGCGAGGCCGCCGGCCCCUCGCGCCCUCCCGCCAGGCCGCCAUGCAAGGCCCGGGAGGGAACGCGAGCCGCGGACUGCCGGGCGGGCCGGCCUCCACCGUCGCGUCCGGGGCGGGCCGCUGCGAGAGCGGCGCGCUCAUGCACAGUUUCGGCAUCUUCCUGCAGGGGCUGCUCGGCGUCGUGGCCUUCAGCACACUGAUGCUUAAACGCUUCAGAGAACCAAAGCAUGAAAGACGACCUUGGAGGAUAUGGUUUUUAGACACUUCCAAACAAGCCAUAGGGAUGCUGUUCAUCCACUUCGCAAAUGUGUACCUAGCAGAUCUCACUGAAGAGGACCCUUGCUCGCUGUACCUCAUCAACUUUCUUCUGGACGCCACUGUAGGCAUGCUUCUCAUUUACGUGGGCGUACGUGCCGUCAGUGUCUUGGUGGAGUGGCAGCAGUGGGAAUCCCUGCGUUUUGGAGAAUAUGGAGACCCUCUGCAAUGUGGGGCCUGGGUAGGGCAGUGUGCCCUUUACAUCGUGAUCAUGAUCUUUGAAAAGUCUGUGGUCUUCAUCGUCCUUCUCAUACUCCAGUGGAAAAAGGUGGCCCUAUUGAAUCCAAUUGAAAACCCAGACCUGAAGCUGGCCAUCGUCAUGCUGAUAGUCCCCUUCUUUGUCAAUGCUUUCAUGUUCUGGGUAGUGGACAACUUCCUCAUGAGAAAGGGGAAGACGAAAGCUAAACUCGAAGAAAGAGGAGUCAACCAGGACUCAAGGAAUGGGAGCAAGGUUCGCUACAGAAGGGCGGCAUCCCAUGAGGAGUCUGAGUCUGAGAUCCUGAUAUCAGCUGAUGAUGAGAUGGAGGAGUCCGAUGCCGAGGAGGACCUCCGCAGACUGACCCCCCUCAAGCCUGUGAAGAAAAAGCAUCGCUUUGGGCUGCCUGUAUGACACAUUCCCACGCUGCGGGUGACAGCCCUGCAGCGGCAUCCCUUCCCUCCUCUCUCUACCCUCCUCUUCUACCUCCACACCUCUUGCUGUCUCUGCCCGCUCUCCACCCGCCCCAGACAACUGUGACUUAAAAGAGGGAAGAGGAACCGUGCCUGAGGGGGCUGUGGGCAGCUGGAGGUCCCGCUCAGUUGCACUACAAACACUGACCAAAUAUGCAAGCGAAGAGCUUUGUUUGUUUGUUGUUGUCCCUUUGGGGUGUUGUGAGACCCCCUGUCCUAUGUCUGACCAGGUGGCAUGGUGGAAGAAAACAGAGCACACAUAGACUGUUGGGGUCCCCAUGCUGAGGCUAUGGGCCUUGUGGACAUGUGACGUGCUUGGGGUUAACAGCCACCGGUUGACCCGAAUUGGAACAGGAAUGCUUUCUUAACUCAAAAUGGCUUUUGUAACUCUUUAUUUCUAAAGCCAGUUUUAUGAGCUGU